AUGUUUUUUAAUAAAGCCAUUUUCUGCCAAAUUUUACUAAAGAGGAAGAGGUGCUGCUAUAUUGUCUCCGCUCUGUUCGCCGUCGCGGCCGCGGCACCAUCAGGCCUGUACGCGCCGGUCAUAGUACCAGCCGUCAGAGCAGUGGCAGUGCCAGCAGCCAUCCCGACGAUAUCCCCAGGAGACAUACAAGCAGCAGCCAUCGACGCCCAAGUCCAAGCUCAAGACCAAGCCCAGGCCGCAGCCGACAAAGCCAGAGAACUAGCUGAACAAGCAAACGAAAACAUCAACGAGAAAGCCAUAACCGACGCCACAGGUGCCAACGAACAGAACUUAGAAGCUUUCUGGUCUGCUGAGGACAAGAAAUGGCAAGCAGUCGACGCUUUGAAGACAGCUGAAGCUCAAAUUGAUGGAGCUGUUGCUAGCAACGCUAACAACUUGGCCAAAUCUGCCGUCAGUGGUGUAGCAGUUCCUUAUGUAGCGGCCGUAGGACCUGUCGCUCCCAUCGUAGCUCCAAUCCCACCAGUGGUCUACUCAGGCUACGUCGCUCCAUCAAGCUAUUCUUCUCAGACCCUGAUCACUGGUCAAGAAAUCAAGACUGAGAUUAAGGAAGAGAACAAGGAAGCUGCCGUGAAGACCGCUGAGCCUGCGCCAGCUGAGGCUGCCCAAGCUGAGGGUGAGAAGAAGGUCGAAGGAGCUGAAUCUCCCGCUCUGAAAGCUGCAGAGAACCUUAAAGAGAAGCCUGCCUUCAUUGCUCAGCCUCUGAUAGCUCCUAUCGGUUUUCCCAACGUCUACAGGUAUGAUGUAGCUGUUCCAUCAGUAGGUGCUUACAUUGGCCAACCUAUUCUGAAGUAUGCUGCAGUACAACCGGUACCUGGAGUGCUUACUCCCACAUUUGUGAACGCUUGGAAAUGA